AUGGCCUUGGACGCGGCGUUCUCUGCACCCCCUACUCAUUUUCCCAUAGUCCAAAGCUCCGAUUCGUGGCAGCUCGCAUCUCUUCCGGGGUUCAUGGACAUUCCGGAAGACAAUUUUCCUGACCUCUCCAUGUUUGAAAUCUCGAAGAUGCAUUCGCAUUCACCGUCCCCAGCACUCUUGAAGGCGAUGAUCCCUCAGUAUGUUCAGCCUAACGACACGUACAAAUCAUCGUCCCCAACCGAGUCUGUUGACUCAUUACACAACAGACAGACGUCGCUGGACUCGCUAUCGAGUUUCGUGUCACUCGAUCGUCAACAGACGCUGCGUCGCCUGUCUUUGGCAUCGAACGACUUAAAUAAUGACACCUACCGGCCUCGGAACACACCGGUCAGACGGCGGAAAGCCACCACGAGUCGAAUUACACCUCGAUCGACCAAGCAUGCUAGGGAACUCGAGCUCAACCGGAAAGCGGCCACCAAAUGUCGCAACCGACAGAAGAACUUUGUCGAAAACCUGCAAAACAAAUGUCGCAACGAAGAGGCAAGAAUGCUUGAACAGUCGGCGUUGGUGCACGCCUUGCAUGACGAGGUGGUUCUCCUCCGGAACGAGGUUAUGAGACAGAGUUUCUGUGGAUGCCACUCUCUGCGGAGUAAUAUGCCACCACUCGCUGGUUGA